CUACGGCCAGGGCAUGUUUUCAAUAUUGAGGCAGGUAAGCAAGCUUUGAGGAACAUAAAUUCACUUGCUCUGUUUUCCAACAUUGAGGUGAAUCCAAGACCCGAUGAAAAGAAUGAAGGAGGAAUUAUAGUUGAAAUCAAGCUUAAAGAGUUGGAACAGAAAUCUGCCGAAGUUAGUACAGAGUGGAAUAUUGUACCUGGACGGAAUGGGCGACCAACAUUGGCGUCUAUUCAACCUGGUGGAACAGUUACCUUUGAACAUAGGAACAUCAAAGGGCUUAAUAGAUCCAUAAUAGGUUCUGUGACAUCAAGCAAUCUUCUAAACCCUCAGGAUGAUCUGUCCUUCAAGCUUGAUUAUGUGCAUCCAUAUGUAGACGGUGUGACCAACCCACGCAACCGAACAUUUCGUACUAGUUGCUUUAACAGCAGAAAGAUGAGUCCAGUCUUCACCGGCGGGCCUGGAGUAGAUGAAGUUCCACCAGUCUGGAUUGACAGAGUGGGGUUCAAGGCUAAUAUAAGUGAGAGCUUCACACGUCAAAGCAAAUUUACCUAUGGCCUGGUGAUGGAGGAGAUAACAACUCGUGAUGAAACCAGUAGCAUUUGUACUCAUGGUGCUAGGCCUUUGCCUAGUGGUGGUUUGAGCAUGGAUGGACCUCCCACUACCCUCAGCGGCACUGGCGUCGACCGCAUGGCAUUUGCGCAAGCCAAUAUUACCCGCGACAAUACAAAAUAUGUUAAUGGCACAGUUGUUGGUGAGAGGAAUGUAUUUCAGCUGGAUCAAGGCCUUGGCAUAGGUAGCAACUUUCCAUUCUUCAACCGUCACCAGCUAACUAUUACUCGCUUCAUUCAAUUAAAACAAGUAGAAGAAGGUGCCGGAAAACCUCCACCUCCUGUUCUGGUUCUUCAUGGACAUUACGGCGGCUGCGUCGGCGAUCUGCCAAGCUACGAUGCUUUUACCCUUGGCGGGCCAUACUCUGUAAGAGGGUACAACAUGGGGGAACUCGGUGCCAGUAGAAACAUUCUAGAGCUUGCUGCUGAAUUAAGGAUUCCAGUGAGGAACACUCAUGUGUACACAUUUGUAGAGCAUGGAAAUGAUCUGGGAAGCUCCAAGGAUUUGAAAGGAAACCCAACUGAGUUCUUUCGCCGGGUCGGUUAUGGCUCGUCGUAUGGAGUCGGCGCGAAGCUGGGGCUGGUGAGGAUGGAGUAUGCAGUUGAUCAUAAUUCAGGAACUGGAGCUGUGUUUUUUAGAUUUGGUGAGAGGUUUUAGGUGGGUUGAUAUACACAUCUAACGAGCUAGUUUUGUCUUCUGCUUGCAUGAGGAUAAUUAGCAAUUGGAUUAUUUUAUUUGUUUUUUUUUUUUAAUAUGCAUGAAGACCAUUUUUCAG